GUAGAAACGGAGUGUCAAAUAGGGAGGCCGUGCGUGGAAUAGAGGAAAUGAGAAAGUGAGGAGUGAGAAAAAAAGAGGAUAGAAAGUAGACGGAAAGCAGAGAAAGAAAGUAGAGGAGGUGAAAUAAGGGAAAGAAGCUCUUAUUUCAUUAUACGAAAUUCAGCAAUCUCUAUUGAUCAGGAUCCUGGAUUUAACGAAAAUGAAGAUCCAUAUUGCUGGUCCUCUCCUCACUCUAGCGAUUUUCUUCAGCUUCAUUGAAUUAGGUUCACAGUACAAUACACAGGUCCUUAAGGACGGUUAUUUGACUCUUCCCGGUGACAAGGGCAUCUGGUACAGUAUAACUAAUGACAUGGUCGACGUAACGACUGGGACAAAUCUAACCAAGUAUGGACUAUUGCACGGUCAUGUAAUGGUUUGCAUAUUAGAAUCAGAGAGCAACAAAAUAGUGCGUGCAUUAAAGAGAUACAACGAUAGAGUUAAAGUGAGCGCUAAUGGUUAUCAGUUCUGGAGCGAUGCGGACACAGAAUUAUAUAAUCUCGAUUUUGACCACACCCUUCACUAAAAGAAUAAUUGAUAUUUUCGACGGCUCAUCUUUUUUGAUGUCGAUAACCGCCCUCACUUAAGGAGAAACCAAUAUUUCCUUUCAUCCCACUGUGAUAUAAUAAAAAAAUUAAUUGACAGACAUUUAUAGAUAUGUUAUAGACAUAAUAUAUAUUUAAACUAUUUAUUAUGUCUAUAAGUUAAUAAAAUCACUGUUAAUUAUUAUUAGUUUCUAGUUUUAGUAUUAUUUCAUAGUCGGAAAAAGGAUAUAUUGGUUCAUUGGUUAAACGGAAUUAUUUACAAAUUAUUGUACGGAUUACUGGUCACUCGGAAAGAAUUUUGGCGUCACCUACUCUACAGCAAUUGUGUGUCUCUUUGCCACAGUUGUUAUACCGAUUUUGGCGAAACGGACGCGACAAACUAUUUUGCUCAAAUUGGGCCUGCGGUGUUGAUGCGCAUGCGUGAACGAUAGCUGUUUAUUGGCUCUGCUUGACGCAUGCGCAGUAACGCACCAUACCAUCUUCGUGAGCAUUGAGCAUUUAGCAAAACCGGUGUGCUAGUAGUUAUGUCUGCCGUCGAAAAAAUUAUUUCCGUGCUUUAAGUUAAUAAAUUUUCAAUUAAAAAAAAACAUUCGGACAUUAUGUUUCUUUUAAAUGAGUUUUUUAUUCUCAAUUCAAACAUUUUCUAUAAUUCGGUGUGUAGUGCACCGUGAAUUUCUGAAGCAAGUUUUCACUCGACCAAACUAAUUUGAAAUCGAGCAAUAAAAAACAACUUCACUAAAAAAUAAAAACCUAGUAAUUGAAGUUUAUUUCUAAACAACUGUAAAAUGGUAUAAAUUUUCUCUAGAAAUUAAUUGUGCAUCACGGACGGAAGUAUUUAAACAAUUAAGAGUGAUUGUAAUUUCUUUUCGGUCUACUGCUCUUGUUAGCCAUAAAUCAAAAAAUUACUUUUUCCAAAUAAAAGAUUUUCUGAUCAACAAAUGUAA